AAUAUAUUUUGUGCAAUUCACGUUUGGAGUACUCUCAUGUUGUAAUUGAUACUUUGUGCUUAACUAGUUGUACUCUCCAUUAUACUAUCGCGAAAAUGGGCUUACAUUAAUGUUUGGAAAAUAAGUAUAGAUGAAUGUGAAUCAUUUGCAAUAAACGUAAAAUUAAAAACGUCAUUUUUUCUAGGGGUGUACAUAAUUCUGAAUAGUAAGGACUCAUUCCUAAGGAAACCAUUCUAUUUUCGAAAUAUUUAUAUUUAAAACAAGUUAUGCUAAAACGCAUAUCGAGAGUAGAAAACGUUUUACAUUAAACAUAUGGUUUUAUAAUUAAAUGUUAUACAGUUGAUGUGUUAUUUCAUGUGUGUGUAUGUGUGUGUGUUGUAUCAACUAUAAUGCGGAUAUUCAGGACAGGGAUAUUAACGGUGGACGUUUCCACAGCGCGUGCCUACGCUUCCAGAAAUUUGGUUACAAUGAUCAAAACCGAGUUCUGGCCGGGACUGGAAAGAGCGGCGAAGAUUGUCGAUGUGUGUUGGAUGCGGCUCCCAAAUUCUGGACCCGUUCAUCCUGCGCGUGGCCCCAGACCUCGAGUGGCACGCCUCGUGCCUCAAGUGCGCCGACUGCAACGAGUUCCUCGAUGAGACGCGCACCUGCUUUGUCCGGGAUGGCAAGACCUACUGCAAGCGGGACUACGCCAGAUUAUUUGGACAACGUUGUGCUAAGUGUGACAACAGUUUUUUGAAGAAUGACUUUGUGAUGCGUGCACGUGACAAUGCAUAUCAUAUAGACUGUUUCCGGUGUGUGGCGUGCAGCCGACAACUUAUUCCGGGAGACGAAUUCGCCCUCCGCGACGACGGACUAUUUUGUAAAGCGGACCACGACGUCGUGGAAAGGGCGUCAGUCAAAGACGAAAAUAGUGACUGUGAAAGUAGUCCCUCGGGGAAAAGUUCAAAUAGUUUAAAUAACAAUAACAACAAUAACACGAACAAUAAUAACUUGGACAAAACGAAAAGCAACAUUCUAAACAACAAUAUCAAAAACGAAAAAGGAAUAUCAAGUGAGAGAAGAGACCAUAUAGGUCCGGGCAAAAAUGGCCACAAGAAGGACCACAAACCGACGCGCGUGCGCACUGUGCUCAACGAGAAGCAGCUGCACACGCUGCGCACGUGCUACAACGCCAACCCACGACCGGACGCGCUCAUGAAAGAGCAGCUUGUGGAGAUGACGAACCUGAGUCCGCGUGUGAUCAGGGUUUGGUUCCAAAACAAGCGCUGCAAGGACAAGAAGAGGAGCAUCCUCAUGAAGCAGAUGCAACAGCAGCAACAGGACAAGAAUGGCGGUCGACUACACGGUCCGAUGCAGGGCGUGCCGAUGGUGGCGUCAAGCCCGGUGCGCCAUGAGAGCCCGAUGACGGCGAAUCCCGUGGAGGUACAGACGUACCAGCCGCCAUGGAAGGCCCUUAGCGACUUCGCCAUGCAGUCCGAUUUGGACCACCACCCGCCCUUCCAGCAACUGAUGAACUCCUUUGACCAUAUGGACUCGGACUAUAACGAUAGUCAUGUGACGGUGGAAAGUUACCAUGGCAACCAUAUGGACGACGGGUACGUGUGGUCAGGUCACGACGAGUACGGCCAUCCGGGCUCUGUCAACUCGGACUACGGGGAAACACCUUCUGAUAUGUCCAGCCCGAUGAGUCAAUGACGUUAUUUGGAUUAAAUAGUUGUAUUAAAUGGUAAAAUAUAAGUCCAGAGGCGUAUACAAAGUAUUUGUCUCUAAUAAGUGUUUGUGGUCCCAUUCCACUGGACUUGUUGAGCCUGUGAUUCAGUUCGAGGGACGAACAUUGCAUGCAAGUGUGAACAAGACCCUUGUGGAGUUGUUACUAAAAUAGGGUUACCGUGGACACGGUCACUCUGUGUGUGCUCAGUGCCGGACACCCGGACACUUUAUGACCCUCUCAUAGGUCUUACAUCGCCAAAACAUCGCAGUGGCGGUGUGCAGCUACCGAAUAUGGACGCGACACAAUCAUCUAGUGCUUUUCACGUGUUUUUUUGUGUGCAUUGGUUUACAGUACUUUUUGCGACAUAUCUUUUCCUCAUGUUAUGUCCUUUAUACGUAUAGUUGCAUCUGUACAGAUCUUGAAGAUUGUACAUAUUGUAACUACUGACUUCUCAGUGAAUCUCUGUAAAAUAACUUGUGUUACCAGUAAAUAAGUGUGAAUUUGUAAUAUUCUUGUAAUAUGUUCUAAUUUGAAAAUGAUCCAAUUUUGUUAUCACGUUUUUACUUGCGUAUUCUUUUGCUAUGUGCCCAAUAAACAUUUACAAAUGAAAAAGAUAACGUUUAAAACGUUGUAUUUGAAAUUUGUUUGAAGGGAGCUAGUCCGUAGACCGUGUUUAAUCUGUUUGUCAAAAAUAUGUUGUGGUUUUGUUGAGUUUUAUUGUAUUUUAAAAUUUGAAUGGACUCCUUCAUAUAUUUAAUGUUGGCAACAUUUUUGAAAAUUGGUUUAAAUUGAGUUAUUUUGGUGUUUUACUUGAAAAACACCAAACUGCAAGAUACUCAUUUGGACAUCAUACAUACAAGGUCUUGAAACAAUCUUAUUCACAUUUUACACGUAAUUAUUUUUGUUAAUGUCUGACCAAACAAAGCGUGAACGAGUCCUUUAAAAGAUUAUCAAUCGCUGUACAUGUUUUGUUUCAUUUGACUUAUUACACGAAUAUCAAAAUUUAUUAUUUAUUUAUUUAUA